UUCUUUUCAGUGUGGUGUCACUGGUGUGGUUUCUGCAAUCUGCUUAGUUUGCUUCAUCAUGACUCUGUCUUUCCUUUUUUGUUCUUCUCGUUCUCGAUCAAAGCCUUCGAGCAAUGCAAGUGCUUCUGCAUCUCAUCCCUUACCUGUUAGACCAGAUCCUCAGCUCUUGGAAGAUUCUGAAUCAAAGCAACCUAAGGAUGAUCUAGUACGCUUCCAUUUCUUGAAGCAACCCAAGCCAUGGAUCACUUACACAAGCAGUUCUAAAACAGCCUGGAAGCAUGAUGUGUUUUUGAGCUUUAGGGGUGAAGACACCCGCCAUGGUUUCGUAUCUCAUUUAUACGAUGAAUUGGAAAGCACCGGAAGAAUUAAAACAUUCAAGGAUGACCAAGGGCUGCAAGCAGGGAUGUCAAUUUCUCCAAGUCUCCUCAGGGCAAUUGAAGAAUCAAAGCUGGCAAUUGUUGUUUUGUCGCCAAACUACGCUUCUUCUCCAUGGUGUUUGGAUGAGCUUACACAUAUAUUUCAAUUCAUGGAAGGCAGAGACAGAAUUCUGCCAAUUUUUUAUCAUGUGGAUCCAGCUGAUGUACGACAUCAAAGGGGGAGUUUUGCAACAGCUUUCACUAAUUAUGAAAGAAAGUCUAGGCAAAGCGCAGAAAAGUUGUAUCAGUGGAGAGCUGCCUUAAGACAAGUGGCCAAUAUCUCUGGGUGGAAUACAAAGAACUUUGGGUCCGAGAGUGAGCUUGUCAAACGCAUUGCGAAAGAUGUCAGCAGUAAAACAACACUUGAAGUUCAACAACGGCCCGUCGAAAUUGAUAUUACCAUCCCGUCCACCCGAGAGUUUAGAAUAUUUGAAUCAACAAGACAGGCCAUGGAUGAGCUGAUUAAGGCGCUGAUAGAUGAUGAGGUCACCAUUUCUGGGGUUUAUGGCAUGGGAGGUGUGGGCAAGACAACCAUGGUGAGAAAUGUUGCUCUACAAGCACGAAAAAAUGGGCUCUUUGAUCAUGUGAUUGUGGCUGUCGUAUCCCAAGACCCCAACGUUAGAAGGAUUCAACAGCAAUUGGCUGAGCAGCUCGACUUGAGAUUGGAGGGGACGGAAUCUGAAACAGCCGAUAGAUUGAAGGAAAGGAUAAUGGAAGGAAAGAGGAUCCUUAUAAUCUUGGACGACAUUUGGGAAAGCAUAGACUUGUCACUUAUAGGAAUUCCCAACCCCGAUGAGCUUAAGCGAUGCAACUCUAAAGUCCUAAUCACCACAAGAAGAUUGGAUGUUUGCCGCUCCAUGAAGAGCCAAGCAAGUUUUCUUCUCAGUAUAUUAUCUAAAGAAGAUUCUUGGAAACUUUUUGUGGAUUGUUCGAGAAUAUCUUUUGAUGAAUCUACCAAUAUCUAUCGAGCGAGGGCGAUAGUUAGAGAAUGUGGUGGUCUGCCCGUUGCAUUGAAAGCAAUUGCACGGGCACUUGAAGAUGAAGACAUGGCUGAAUGGAAUAUAGCAGUUCAACAAUUGAGGGCAUCUCAAAUUGCCUGUCUUGAUGAUCAGGGUCCUGCGUUCAAAUGUAUAAAGUUAGGCUAUGACUACUUGAGAUCUGAUGAUGCCAAAUCAUUCUUCUUGCUUUGCUCCCUAUUCCCAGAAGACUAUGAUAUCCCUAUCAAAGACUUGUUCAAGUAUGCUAUCGGGAAAGGAUUGCUUCGAGAAGCCGCCACAAUCCAAGAAGCCAGAGAUAGAGCAAAUUCGGUGAUCAAAUACCUCAAAGCUUCCAGCUUACUUUUGGACAGUCCAAAGGAGGGAUGCGUAAAGAUGCAUGAUGUUGUUCGGGAUACAGCCAAGUCAAUUCCAAGGUAUGAGGAUGAUCAUGGAUUUUGCGUUAAAGCUGGUUGUGGAUUAAAGGAGUUUCGAGGGACCACUGGGCAUGGAGACUGCUCUGCCAUCUCACUAAUGAUGAAUGAUAUUGAUCGGCUUCCUGAAGAGUUGGUAUGUCCAAAACUUCAGAUUUUGUUACUACAAAACAAUGUUCAUAUAGAUGAGAUCCCAGAAUCUUUUUUUCGAAGUUCGAAGGCACUAAGGGUCUUAGAUAUUAGCUUCUCUAGAAUUUCAUCACUACCCAGGUCAUUUAGUUUCCUAAUCAACCUCAGAGCUUUGUUUUUAGACCAUUGCAAUGAGUUGGUUGACAUAUCAAUAUUCGGAAACUUGAAGAGACUUGAGAUUCUUAGUAUGAUAGAAUUUCCUCUCAAGGAGUUACCAAAAGAGAUGGGAAAUUUGACCAAUCUAAGGAUGCUGGACUUAAGUGGGAGUUACAAUAUUGGUAUAUUUCCAUAUAGUGUGCUGUCAAGAUUGUGUAAAUUAGAAGAACUGUACAUGCAAUGUAAUUCUGGGAACUGGGGAAGCAAAAUUCAUGGAGGAGAAGAAACUAAUGUUGGUUCUGAUAAGUUGAUUGGCUUGCCACUUUUAAACACCGUGAAGCUUCGCAUAUCUGAUGCAGAAUGCUUGCCUAAAAAUCUGUUCUGGGAUUGGCAUUUGGUUACCUUUGAUAUAUGUAUCAGCAGAGAACCACCAUCUGGAGACUACUCUUCAGAACCAAUUUUCUCACACGAUCAUUCAAGGACCCUGACUCUUAACACAACAAUCAACAGCUUACCAGAUUGGUUUAUCAACACAGUGACAGAGAAAGCAGUGAAACUACAGUACCUAAAGUGCAGGGGAUUAAAGAACAUUCUUGUGGAACAUAACAGAGGCAGAUUACAUGGACUGAAGAAUCUUGCUGUAAUUGGUCCACAUGAGAACUUGGAAGUGUUGAUGGAAACAAUAACACUGGUGCCGAAUAAACCUGUGUUUGAGAAGUUGGAAGAGUUGCAUCUCCUUGGUGUGAGUUGCCUGAAGGAAUUAUGUGUCGGUGAAUUACCCGUUGGGUCUCUAUGCAAUCUCAAGUUAUUCAAGGUAGAAUAUUGCCAUGACUUGGUAAAGACACUCUUACCAUCAAAUUUGUGGCAGAGACUACACAAUAUGGAAAAACUAAUUUGUGAAGAUAUGAAUCUAAUGGAGUAUGUAUUUGGAUCCAAAGGGAUGGAGUCUGAAGAUAUUAUCUUGAUAAAAUUGAGAGAGAUGAUAUUGUGGAAUCUAGAGAAUCUAAUAGGCAUAUGCAAUGGUCCUGCUCCAAAUGCAGUCUUCCAUAGUCUUAAAAGUUUGGCAGUAUAUGGGUGCAAGAAACUGAAACAUCUGUUCACAUACGAUAUAGCUCACUGUCUUUUGCAUUUGGAAGACCUUUCGGUGACUCAGUGUUCCAGCUUGGACAGGGUUAUCGAACCUAGCAAGGAAACAGUCAACAAGAAGAUGGUUUUUCCUGAAUUGAAAAACUUAGCUUUGUCAUAUCUUCCGCAGCUCACAAGGUUCUGCAGUAGUGAAAGUGCUACCAUUGAGUGCCCUUCAUUGGAACACUUGCAUGUGCAGGACUGCCCCCAUUUUACAACCUCUAUUUCUGACUUCCACAGUGGGAAUCGAUUCAUCCAAGUCAAUGAUCUACGACAUUUGAGGAUGAGCAAAGACUUGAAUAGCAUCAAUUUAACUGGCCAGCACACCAUGGACAUCCUUGAGAGCCUACCUCAUAAUGUCAGAAAGCGGGUUGAGUUCAUGAGAGAAAUUGAGAGUCAACGUGAUGAAUUAGAGGCCAAGCUCUUCAAGGAGAAAGCUGAACUUGAAGCCAAGUAUCAGAAAUUAUAUCAGAAUCUCUAUAGCAAGCGGUACUUGAUUGUGAAUGGUGUUGUUGAAACUGAAGGAGUUGCCACUGAAACAAUAACAGAUCAUGAGAACAAAACUGCAAAAGAGAGAGGAGUGCCUGAUUUCUGGCUGAAUGCAUUGAAGAAUAAUGCAGUGCUAGCCAAGGAGAUUACCGAGUGUGAUGAAGGAGCUCUUAAAUAUCUUAGGGACGUCAAGUGUUUUAAGAUACAUAAUUCGAAGGGGUUCAAGCUUGAGUUCGACUUUGACACCAAUCCAUUUUUCAAAAACUCUGUUUUGACAAAGACAUAUCACAUGAUUGAUGAAGAUGAACCAAACAGCACAGCAGGGACGGAGAUUGAAUGGUAUCCAGCAAAAUGCCUGACACAGAAGAUUGUUAAGAAGAAGCAUAAGAAGGGAUCAAAGAAUUCUAAGCUUCUGACUAAAACUAAAAAUUAUAAAAGUUUCUUCAAUUUCUUUAGCCCACAUCAAGUCUCCAAGGACCAUGAAGUUAUUGAUGAAGCUGCUGCCGAGGAACUCAAAAACCGGAAGAAACAAGACUAUGAUGUUGGCUCAACCAUUUGUUAUAAGAUCAUCCCACAUGCAGUUUCGUGGUAUACUGGAGAAGCUUUUUAGGAAGAUGAUUUGGGAGACAUGGAAGUUCCCGACAUUCGUGAUGAAGUUGAUAGGCAAUGCUUCUGAUUUGUUGAAGCAUGUUAGAAUGUUGGAAAUUCCAAACAAUGUUUUAGUUGCUUGUAUAUAUACUUAUGGAGGACUCUUAUCAAAUUGUUUGAUUUCAAUUUUCAAGUUGAGUUUUAGAUUGUGGGAAGCCCGUAUUCUACAAAUAAGAAAGCUGAUAUGCACCUACGCAGGGUUGAAGCAGAAGGAGACGGUUUUGAUGAUUCACAAGAAUAUUCCUCAAAUGGCUUAACUGUGCAGUGAGCUUAAUUAUCUUUCACACCAAUUUAAUUGAGAAAUGGCCAAGUGACUUGUGGCGGGUUGCGUGCUAGUUGUUAAUUGGUUGGCCCAAUGUAACUCUGCCAUUGAUCG